CGCCAGGCAACUAAAGUAAAAGUAUAUCGUAGUGAUAUACUAUUUAGAAAACUAAACCAAAUUAUCAUAUUACAAUAGAAUUAGUUGUUUUAAACUUUUACAGAAAUUUCAAUAGAGAGCGAGCCAGUGUAGUAUUAUAAAUUAUACUAUAUUAAUUUUUCAGGCUCGGAGAAUAAACUGAGUAUCACCAAAAUAUAUUAAUCACCAAGUUCUUGGAACUAAACAAUUAAUUCUUACAUAGUCCAAUUUUCUUGUACAUAUCAUUAAUAUUUGAGGAAAGAGAGAAUGUUCUUCUGGUAACAAUCAAUCAGUUUCAAAAUCAUCAAUUUUUCAUAAAACUUCAGCAUAUAGUCAUUAACAUAUAUUCAAUUAAUAAAGAAUAGAAGUUUGUGGCAUCAUAAAUAAUCAAUUAUUGUUUGCAUUCAUAGAUCAUAACUUCAAAUUAUAGCAUAAUAAAAAUUAAAUUAAAUUCUUAACUAUAUGAAUUCGCAGUCAGAAAUAAAAGUCUAUAAAGCUCAGUUAGAUGAACUUUUAGGACGAAAAUACCUUGAUCAAUCAUUACUUAUUGGGUUUACUUCUAUUGUUCAAUCGAAAUUUCAAUCAUGGGUAAUUAAUGAUUUUAAUGAGUAUGUUGAGAAUUCAUUACCUCAACUUGAUAGUGAAAUACCGAAUAAUCAACCAGUGGCAUAUUUUCAAACUAUUGAUUAUUUAAAAUCCGUUUGGAAUGAUUUUCAUUAUCCUGUAAUUAAAUAUUUUCAAAAGAUUCAUACAGUUUAUUUUAAUGAAACUGUAGCGGAUUUUAAGAAAUUACAAGCAGAAGGUAAAGCAAAUAAAUUUAAAGUUAAACCAGUUGAAAUUCGAAAAGUUAAUGAAAACUUUGUUAAAUUUACUAAACAGAUUUAUCAAUUCUAUAUGAAUAUAUUAACUCAUUUUACAACUAAUUUCAAAAAUUCUUUAUUACCAACCAUGUUUUUCAAUCAUUUUAAACUUGAAGUAGCAGAUCAUGGAAGAGAAAUCAAAGAUGCAAAUGUUGAAGCUAAUAUGCUUUAUUUAAUUCAUAAAUGUUUGCUAUCUUUAGGUGAUAUUUCAAGACAUAGAACCUUUAUUGAAGUAACUUAUGUUAUACCAUGUAUUUCCAAUAAGGAUUUUUUCAAAUUCAGAAAUCUUUCCAAUAAAGAAAAAUCAUUAACUUUAGAGGGUCGUUAUAAAAAAUCAAUCAGUUUCUAUAAAUUAUGUAUACUAUUACUACCAGCAUUAAAUGAACCUUAUAAUCAUAUAGGUAUGAUCUAUAAUUUAAUAGAUGAAAAGUUCAUAGCCUGUGUUUGGUUUAUUAGAUCACAAUUUACCAGAAUUCCAGAUUAUAAUCUUGGGUUAUCUAACUUGAAUUUAGUUGUAAAGAAGAAAUGGUUCUUAACAGUUUUAUGUGAUAUAAAUUUUGAUAAUUUACAUACUGGAGGACUUAGUAAGAACUUUUCAGCUAUUGAUGAUUUAAAUAAUACAUUAAUUUGUUUAAUUGGUUAUUUUUAUUUACCUGAAGUAUAUAAGAAGGGACCUAAUUUAGUUAAAGAUAUUAAGUUCUCAAAAAUAGAAACUCAAUUCUUCCGAUGGAUGCAAGAUUUAUAUAAACCACUCAUAUAUUAUGUGGAUGGAGAAGGAGAAUAUUUUUUUCAACGUCAUUUAGUAUGUCUAUUUGGUUUCAAUAGUUUGACUACCGGUGAAAAUUCUGAAAAUUUACAAAAAUUUACUUUCCGUUAUAUUGAGAAAUUAUUAGAUAUAAUAGCUAAGAAUGAUGUAACUCUUGAUGUAAGACAGAGAACUUUGAUAUGUGUCAGAUUAAUUUUUAAUUGGUUAAAGGAAAACAAAGAUAUGCUAACAUAUGCUAUUUCAAGAGGUACUACAAUUGUAUCAUUAGCAGCAGUAUUGAAUAAUUUAUAUAAAGAUUUUCUUUUAUGUGCUAGUCCAAAGGAUGUUACUGAAUUAAAGGAAAAAAUUAGUACCGGAGCAAGACCAACAAGAGAAUAUUAUUAUGAGGAUGAUGUGUUAUUUAAAGAUUUCAGCUUAAUUAAAUAUCAAUUUAAAGACUUCAAAGAUGAAAAACUAUUCAGAAUAAAUAAUAUUAAUUUAUUAUGUGGAGAUUAUUCUGAGUAUACUACAGAAGAGAAAGUACCUGAAUUUAUAACAGAGUUUAGGAAGGAUAAUGAAAGUAAUUAUUUUUAUAAUGAAUCAUCCAAUGAGUCAGCAUCAUCUCACAUUGAACCACCAGAGUCAUAUGUGAGGGAAGAAUCACUUCAUAAGCUUGAAAUUCGUCAAAGAUUCUUUGCAAUUUUUAUUUUGGGUACUAAACUCUUUGAUACCAAACUUGGUGGAAUUAAAUUUGAUUUUGAAAGUGAUUCGUUUGUGAGUCAAUCUUUAAAGACUGAUAACAAUAAAUCGGCUAGACAAAAUAAAGGAGUUGAUAGAAAAGAGAAGGAGAAGGAAAAUAUUAAAGACAAAGAGAAAAAGAAGAAGAUAUUGAACAAAACCAAAGGUGAUAACAGUAAAGAUUUCAGACGAGAUUUUGGUGAGAGUUCAACUAGAGGUUUGUUGAAGACUAUUGGUACAUCUGAUUAUGAUCAACAAGCAGAAACAGAAACAGAAACAGAAACAGCAACAACAACAGCAAUAGAACCAGCCAGAAAUGAACAAUUAAACCCUAAGUCCAUGUUCCCCACAUCUAAUUCGAUAACUGAUAUUGAAAAUACUAUUUUUAAGCACUCCAAUAUGUUACAUGAGCAAUUGGGAAGUAAAGCUUCAACCGAAGAAAGUGGUGAACCUAUAAUUAUAGAUUCAGAUAAAGAUUCACAUCCUGUUCAAACAAGAAGCGCAAGUAUAUGGAGUAAUAGUACUAAUCAGCCAGAUGUCAAUAUUCAUUUUAGAAUUCCAUCUAAUAUUACAUCAGAGGAUAGUCAAUUAGUAUAUAAUCAAGGUAAUCAAGGUAUUGGGAACUCAUUACCAAAUACCUUAGCUACAUCUACAGGAAACUUUACAUCACCAGUCGCUGCAACAUAUCCUUAUAACCAACAAGUUGGUAAUAAACAUAUUGAUCAACUGUAUGCACAAGCAUAUGCUCAGUAUCUUCCGCUAGUGCCCCAAGUGCCCCAAGUGCCACAAGUGCCACAAGUGCCACAAGCUCCUCAAGGUCCACAAGUGCCACAAGUGCCACAAGUUCCUCAAGGUCCACAUAUGGUGCCUGGAUAUCAAGCACAGAUAAAUACACAGCAAAUCGGCCAACCAUAUAUACAUGGACAUUCGCAAACACAAAUACCACCAUUAUACCCAGCACAAAAUGUAUAUCCUCAAUACCAACAACAAAUGUUUGGCAAUCCUAUGUAUCAGGCACCCAGUGGAUAUCCUGGCAAUUUCAAUUUAGGCAGUCAAUAUCAGGCACUCCAAUUGCUACCACAGCAACCACCACAGCAACCACCACAGCAACCACCACAGCAACAACAACAGAAGCUGCCAUCACCUCAUACACCGUUUAUGGGACCCAAUGCCAAUCAAUAGUGGUAGAGUACAUUACUAUUACUAGUACUAUUACUAUUACUAUUACUACUAAGUACUAGUACUAUUACUAUAUAUA